GUUGAUCUACUGUCAGUGUUAUAAACAGAGUGUCCAUAUCGCUCCCACAGUUGGCUGCUCUCUCGGCACACAUACAGAGAGCAUGUGUCUAUCGUCGAGAUAUCGACAGUCUACUGGCGGUGGUGAAAGACGACUUCAUCCAAGUAAUACAUAAAGUACCGUUGGGAUAUAUAUCAUAUUCGGACGUUUUAUGAAUGCAUUCUUCGAAAUGUAUGUGUGGAUUUUAAGUGUUCUUUUUGUCGUCUGCUACGCUGUCCCGGGCUCGGUCCACGGUAUAUCGCCGUUUGACACACGACCCCACUAUCAAAGAUGCGAGAGAAUAACAAUUCCGAUGUGUUUGGAUAUGAAAUACAAUUUGACUCGCAUGCCAAAUCUUGUCGGACAUCAUAACCAAAAGGAUGCAGCUAUCCAAAUUCAUCAAUUUUUACCACUGGUACAACUAAGCUGCUCCAGACUGUUACGUUUUUUCCUGUGCUCACUGUUUGCUCCAAUGUGUACUGAAAUGGGGGACGAGACAUUUAUCAUACCUGUCUGUCGUUCCAUGUGUAUUGAGGUACGUACGAAGUGUGAACCUUUACUUAGCAGGUUCAGUUUCGAGUGGCCACCAAUGUUAGACUGUUCAAAACUACCGAACAAGGACGAUCGGACACCUAUUAAUCUGUGCAUGGAGGCUCCGAAUGUCACCUCUGAUCACGAAUUUGACUCGGGUAUGUUCGGGUCGGAAGCUGAAAGUGCUGAAUGGUGGAAGAUAUUAGAGAGUUGGAGAGAGAAAAAGAUGCCAAAUUAUGACGAUAACAAUUCCAAGACGAAACUUGUUCGGGUGACUAAACCUCCGCCGUACAAGUGUCCCGACCGAUACGUGCACGUGGAAAAAAUAGACAGGAAUAACUCGUGUGCUCCUAAGUGCAACAUUGACGUUUUCUUCCGCCAAGAAGACAAACGAUUUGCGGAAAUUUGGACCAUUGUUUGGGCUUCUUUCUGCUGUCUAUCAACAGUCAUGACAUUCCUUACGUUUGUCAUCGACACCAGUAGAUUUAAAUAUCCUGAGAGACCCAUCAUAUUCUUGUCCAUGUGCUAUGCUAUAUACUCCAUGGCGUUUAUGAUCCGUGCCAUCACAGGUCCUAACGCUAUUUCUUGUGAUAAAACUCGAGAUGGGACGGAAUUCUUGAUUCAGGAGGGACUGGAGAGUACGUGGUGUAUUAUAGUGUUUUUAAUCUUGUACUUCUUUGGGAUGGCGAGUUCGCUGUGGUGGGUGAUUCUGACUGUCACAUGGUUCUUGGCAGCCGGUAGGAAGUGGGGCCAGGAAGCUAUAGAAGCCCUUAGUAGCUACUUCCACUUGGCUGCCUGGGCCAUACCCGCUAUAAAGACCAUUAUUAUACUUACAAUGCGUCGUGUUGAUGGGGACGAACUGACCGGUCUCUGUUUCGUAGGCAACCAGGAUCCAGCAGCUUUAACUGGUUUUGUUUUAGCGCCGUUAAUUGUAUAUUUAAUUACAGGCACACUCUUUAUUUUAGCUGGAUUCGUUGCUUUGUUCCGUAUCAGAAACAAUUUGAAAAUGGACGGAAGUUCAAAUAUUAGAAAACUUGAAAAAUUAAUGGCCAAAAUUGGUGUUUUCUCUGUCUUGUAUACUGUGCCAGCAACGUGUGUUAUUGGGUGUUAUUUCUAUGAACGGGUACACUUUCCCAUAUGGACAAAGCAGUCAAUGGACACGCCAUGUCGUUUGUCCAAAAACCACAAAGACUGCACACUGGACAAAUCCAUACCUACAGUGGAGGUUUACAUGUUGAAAAUAUUCAUGUCACUCGUUGUAGGAAUCACGAGUGGGAUGUGGAUUUGGAGUUCAAAAACUGCAAAAUCUUGGAGUAACUUUUGUUCACGGAGAUUCACAAGGCGGAAGUCCAAUUUUAAUGGUGCAGGAACUGCGGGGUACCACCAGGCACCUGUCAUAGUGAUGAAAUCACAACACGGCCAAAAGUAUGUACCCAAACCGAGCGGAUCACGGGUGUAAAUGUGUAAAUGUGUGACUGUGUACAUGUGUAUAGAUGUGAGGAACGUGCCAAUUUAGUAGUAUGCGUGUCAUUCGUGUGCGACUGGAGAAUUGGCGGAAGUCUUUCAGGUUUUGUUUCAUUAUAAUAACAGGUCCAGUGGAUUCUACUAUUUAUAAUUGCGUUAUGUUAUAAAAUAUACAUACUGCAGUUUGAAGGUUUGAAUACACAAAAUGUUGAUUGAUAAUUUAUACGCUGAAGAAGGUGAAUAGUUAAUUAAUUUUAAAAACAAAUCAAAAUCUUCAAAGGUAUUUUAGAAAGCACCGAAAUGUUCAACCUCGCUUUAUUCAAUAUUUUAGGGUGCUUAAUUAUAAUAUCAGGUUUGUCAACGUAGGUACAUGGACCAAGUUUCUACACGGCAAUAUUUACAUGUUCUCAGUACAGGAGAGUUAAGUUUGGGUAGGAUAUUAGACCGAUUAAUUACGCUGUCUAUAGCGACUUAAUUUCGGUAUUUGGAGUAUCACAAGGUCUAGUUGGCAAAGGGAAUUCUAGCUUUAUUGCUACCCAUCAACCACUCUACAAAUAGGGGUUUAAUAUUUCAACGUGGAAUCUGUGUUGUAUGUGCUAUUACCGGGACCACAAUACAUUGUCGUUGUAUAACAUUACACAGGGCUAUCGAGUUUACGAUACAUCGGCACUACAGUGCAAUGGAGCAAUACUCCGGUAUUGUCGUCACGUCCGUCAGUAGGGGACAUCAGAUACCCCUCCUAUUCUACACCAACUAAUGAUAUAAUCGUUCGCUAAUAUCCCCCGCUUUGUCUAUAUAUCCUUUGUCCAGAUAGGCGGAGUUCCACCAAUUUUCUCCUUUUUUUCAUUUUUAAAAAGGAUAAUUCCAUUUAAUUCUUAGGUAGCAUACUUUGUACGGUAGCUAACUUUUCAUGUUUUUUUUUUUCACUUCAAAUUAAAACCCCGCACAGGUAGUGUGUUUUUUUCAAGUCUGUUGAACAAUUAAAACAUUGUUAAGUCGAGUUUUUAUUUCCGUCGGUCGUAAAUUUCCCAUCUCGAUUUGAGAUGAUAUUCAUGUGCCCUCAAGCAAUUCUGUCUUGCUGUUUUAAAUAAAUUAUUUUUUCUUAAAUAAGGAAUAACUUAUAACAAACAAGAAUUAUUCAUGAGGUAGACGCUAGUAUUUAUAUUUCAGACCACCGAUGCAUUUCGCCCUGAGUGGGAAGCGGCAAUCGAUUUUUGUUGUUGUGUAGUCGGUAUAGUGUACUGGCAGUUAACGAAAACUGCGCCGAGUGUAACAGUUGUGUAUAUUAUUAGGUAUAUCGCGAAUAUUACUCUUUCCUCUCGUUAAAAGUAAGUCUCCUACCAAUGACACGAUAAUUUACUCCUAAUGUACAGUUGCUUAUUUUUAUUUACUCUCUCCAAGAAAUGGAAGCCGUAUUUUUCAGCCAUUAAGUAGAUGUUUUUCUUGGCUAUUAAUGUUCUACGUGGAUAUGAUAUUUCCACUUAAGAUAAGUGUACGCAAUCAUAGGUAAGGUUACCACGUGUUCGGAACAUUUUUCUAUUUUUUUCCCGGUUAAUGACAAUAAUAUAGAUUAUACCCAGAACAAUAUGUAUCAUACAAAGACUACUGCCAAUGUAGUUUCUAUUUUCAGUCAUAUUUCUAUGAGCAUUGAAAAUAUGACUUAGUAUAUCUAUCUUCGGUUUAGUAAUUAAGUAAUUUUGUGAAAAUUCCACGUUUUUUCUUUCAUUUGGUUGGUUUUGCUCGAGAUCAAAUAACCGUUACAGUCGAGGCGGACGGCAUUUUGAUGAGAGUGUGAUAGUUUGCAGACGAUGUUCCAAUACAAGGCAGCGGGGACUCGGGAGAAAACUGCUAUUCCAGCUGCCACUAAUUUCAUACUUUCUUUUCAUCUUUUUAUGUAGUUACUGGUUUUUGGACGGCGAGUACCACAACAUUAACUAAAUAACAUUCAGGCAAUUCAAGGCGCUUACCCAUUACGCUAGUGUAUAUAAACGCAUAUCGGCUACUGGGAUAGUAAAAUUGCUCUUUUUCUUUAUCUGAAGUUGAGCUUGUAAAUGCUAUUUUAUAUGUCAGGGAUUGGGCAUUAGCUUAUAAAUAUCUUUCUGUAUGAAGCCGUAUGUUUAAGACUGGGUUAUAAUUUUGUUUAUAGCGUUGUACGCCGAAUGUUCGGUUCGAUGUUGGUCAAUUUUAAUUCUCUAUCCGAGGUUAAAUAUUGGGCGGUAUUAUGAUUUCUCUAUCCCAGGAUGAACAUUUUGAUUAAUGUUGUUUCUUGUCCCAGGUUAAAACUAAGGCUGUACCUCUGGGUUGUAGCUCUUACCCAGGUUUAAGCUAGCAUUGUACUUCUGUCCUAGGUUAAAGCUGAUCUUGUAACAAUGAUUUCUGUGUCCCAGAUUUGUGACGCUGUUUCUGUGUCCAAGGUUUGUGACACUGUUUUCUGUGUCCAAGGUUUGUGACACCAUUUUCAGUGUCCCAUGUUUGUGACAGUUUAACUUUUCUCUAUCCCAGGUUUGUAACAAUGUUGUCUAUAGUCCAGGUUGAAGCUGAGGUUUGUGACAUUUUUUUCUGUGUCCCAGGUUUGUGACACUGUUUCUGUGUCACAGGUUUGUGACACUGUUUUCUGUGUCCCAGGUUUGUGAAACCGUUUUCUGUGUCCCAGGUUUGUGACACUGUUUUCUGUAUCACGGAUUUGUGACACUUGUUUUCUGUGAUCAAUGCUAAAAAUCGGUUUUUGGCAGUGUUUUCUGUUUCCAAGGUUUUUGACAUUAAUUUGAUAAAUUCUAUGUCCCAAGUAUAUGCCAUUAAUUUCUAUACCACAGGUAAAACAUAGGUUGUAACACUGUUUUCUGUGUCUCAGGUUUGUUGCACAGUUUUCAUGUGCCCCAGGUUAAACAUUGGUUUUAAUAUUUUUUUCUCGACACUAAAUUACAAUAUUCUAAUAAUUUAUUUAAAUUACUCGUCCGAUACUUUAAUAGAUCAAAGCUCUUUAAACUCCAUAAACUUGCUUUAGGUCAAUAAUUUUAAUGAAGCUGUCCAUUUUUACGGUAUAUUUGCAUAUUGAUAUUUGAUACGAGAAUGAAAACUUCAAUAUACACAUACCGUUGAAAUGUGAGUCAGGCACCGAGAUGAUUUAAUGAUAACAUUUAAUGCUGUACGUGUAUUAAUAAUCACUAAAAACUAAAUUAGUUAGUGGUUCAAAGUCAAUUGUACAUACAAUGUAUACUAGUUCAGUCGAAAGUGUUAACUAUGUCGCAAUAACUUCAAUAUAUUGUCUUUUUUUCUGUAUCUGUACUUACAAUGCAGUCAGAAAAAGUCGAUUUCUUGCACCAAAGUUCAUUCACUUCAACUGGGUUUUAAUCCAUGAAAAUGAUUACCUAAAACUGUUCUGUCCUUUAAAACUUGAGAAUUCAACAGAUUACAUGCAAAGAGAUGAACAGGAAUAUAAAUAACUCUCUUUUAAUUAGGGCUCGGCCACUUAUAUACAGGUAAAUACAUACAGGUAAAUAUGAAUGUGUUAUAUAUACAGUAUACCGACCUUAUAAAUAGGUGUAGUUAUAAUGUAAUAUUAGCUAUAUUGUAUAUGGAAGAUUGAUAUUGUCAAUCUUAGUCUACACAAAGUGUCCUUUGUAUACAAUGUAAUAUGAAAAACGACACACUUCCUGUACACUCUGUAUUGUUCCGGAUUUAGUAUAAGAAUUUCUUUGGCAUAUCUGUCCAGAAAGCAUGUAAAACCACAAAUCUACGUCGACAUAAUGUAUCUAAUUAACGUAAUUAAUAUGCCCGUUAAGUCAGAAUUUUUAAUUUCUUGUACGUGUUGCUAAUUAAUUCAAAUUAAUACAUUAUCAACAGGGAGUGUUUGAGCAUUUUCCUCUCAUUACCCAACUUUUCACAUCUAAUUUUAAUGUAUUCAUGGCAUAUAUAUAGAUACAGAAAAGUAUGUUAUAAUGUAAACUUAUUAUCCUUGUAGUAUUGAUGUAAACAUUAGAAGAAAACACUUCAAUAAUUGAUAUAGCAAAAGUUGUUUUGACGUGGCCAACAUCUGGCGAGUCUCCGUGCAUGAGCACUGUCCCUAACAUGAGUAAGAUUUAUUUUUGUUUUUUUUAAUGAAAGUUUCAAUUAUUAUUUCAAAUUCUGUUUUACCUGUGUAAGACUACAGCUUUAUACAGAGAAAGAUCUAUAGCCUGAUCCGAAACAAUGAAAUAACAGAAAAUGUUACAGAAUAUCUAAUCAACUUUGAAAUUUUGAUUUUCAUUGGUUUAUGCCACGCAAGGAAUUAGGUAACCCCUGAGAUUCUGACCUCCGUCCCCGGAGAGCGUCUAGCUGGUAUGAUUAACUUCUAGAGACGUCUGAUGUUUAUCGUCAACACUAAUUAGUGUGUGCCAUCUUUUUUUUAUCAUUUUCUGUCAAUUUUCUAUCGAUUUUGAAAGUUUAAUUACAUUGGCAGACCUCUGUCUAAAUGAAACGAUGUCACUACAAGGUCACUACGAUUGUUAACUAACACUUUUUAAGUUCAAAAUAUUGGAGUGAUAUGGAUUGGUUGAAGACUGUUAGCGAAAUGAUCCCGUACAGGACGCCCAGAUCAUUGUAAUACUUGGGCAUUGUGGAUUCGAUAUAUUGAAGCGGUAUUCAGUAUUUGGUUCCAAUAGAAAAUCGUACUUACUUACGGCACUUUAACGAUUUGUAACAAUAACGAUGAAUGGCCUUGUCCGAUGAGAGCCAUUACCCUUUAACAAAUAUAAGCAUAGAUUUAUGAUAGGUCUUUUUGAUCUUAAAGUACUGCACUAAAUAUUUUUUCAACAGGCUGUUUGAUGAAAGCGAACAUGUUUGUUUUUGUCGAUACGAAUCCGUACAACAUACUCUGGCCUUGUAGAUACUUUACCUUAAUUUAUCUGCCCAAAAUCAACAAAAAUAGUAUUUAUGAUAUUCACCGAUCUAAUGAAACUCCCCGAAUCGGGCGUUCAUAGGGAUAUAACAGCACUCAUAAAUCACCUUUCUCUUCAGGCCCGGGUGAUUGAACUCGCCUCAUACAAAUAUAUACACCAGAUUGGAAUUUCGCAUGUAGCUAUGAAACAUAUUAAAAUUGUAUAUGUACUGUGGUAUGUAUUUGUAGCUUAUACUUAUGUAAAAUAAUUCCUACGUGGCCAGGGGAAAUGAGUAACGCCUAACGUUAAAUCAGACAGCCUUUAUAAAAGUUAGUGGAUAACUUUCUUGAACAAAGAAAACAAAACAUUUGCCGUAUUGUACACAGCCUAUAUACACAGUGCUUACACGUGUCUCUAAAUAGAUAUAAAAUACUAUUCCCAUUCAAAUCCAACUAUACAUAGUUGUCUAUACAAUUUCGCUUCGAUGUCCCUGGAAAAUUAGAAAUAUAUUCAUAUGUUAAAUGGGUCUGAUCGACAAGCAUUGUGCUCGCGUAUAGUAAGCCGUACUUUGAUGUCCCCAAUCAACAAGCUUUGUCCUUUGUAGAACACGUCUGCUUUAUCACGCUACACAGAUCGACACAGAUUUCAGUUGAAAUAUUGCCGUAUAUAUUUUUUACUGUAUUUUAUUUCUUACCUGGAUCAGAAAGGGUCAUAACUUAACACAGGGAAUACUUUAAUACGAGGGGGAAAUCGCCUUCCGGAUAUACUUGACCGGAAUUUAGUUAUUAUUUAAAUUCCAUGUUUUAAUUUAUCUGGAUAAUCCGGUAAUGCAAUUUUUUUUCCGGAUUAAAGAUUUUUUGUGUAACUUAGUAUAACCUGGAAGUACUUAAUUAAGAUAUUUACUUUUCGUACGAGACAUAGGGCAGGACAUUUAUUAUGAUGAAACACAAAUAAGACGGAAAGCAACUUCUGCCGUGAACCGGAAGUCGGUGUGAGGUAUGACUGAAGUUGGUGCGAGGUGAAAUUGAUUUGAGGUGCGAGAAAAUGUACGGUGCACUUUAUGUGAGAUACACGGGUAGCACUCGGUUUGAAUGUGAAAGGGCAAUAUGUUUGUAAGAAAAUGUAUAUGCUUGUGAAUUUAUGAGAAAUGUGCAUUAUGUAUAACUAUUAUAGUGCUAGAUGCAGCAGAUAGUUGCAUCUUUAAAACAAUUUGUAAAACAUUGAUUUUAAGGCGCCCUGUCUUGGGAAUAGCGUGUCCUGGUGGUGUUUGUCUGAAGCAAUAAUGAAACCCAACAGGGGAUACUACUCUCAUGACAAGACGUCAGCAUUGCAUUAUAAUGCCACCCAAUUAGGAGGCAAUCUUUCAAAGUUGUUGAUAUUGUAAUAUGGCAAAAAGUUUAUUAAUAAAAUAUUGUUUUUCUUAAAAA